AUGGGGCUACCGACAUGUCUUCGCCGUUCGGGCUCCUCUCAGUCCAGUCCGUCCGUUGACAGGCAAGGUUUCUUGGGGGUUUAUCUUGUGUUUUAUUGUUGCUUUCACAUUUUCUUGUGUCAUCGCGCAUGUGUUAAUGGAAACGAGUCGAGGCCCAGACUUCCCACCCGAUGGCCGCCGUACGAUUCCUCCUGGAGAUGGGUGGUGCUGUCGCUGGCGCUCGCGUCGGCGGGCCUGGCAGCUGGGGAACCGCAGAGCAGGAGGCCCAACGUGGUGAUUCUGGUGGUGGACGACCUGGGCAUCGGAGACCUCGGCUGCUACGGGAACACGACCAUCAAGACGCCAAACAUUGAUAGGCUGAGUGAAGAGGGCGUGAGACUGACCCACCACUUGGCCGCCGCCAGCAUGUGUACCCCGAGUCGAGCUGCGUUGCUAACUGGAAGAUACCCCGCACGAUAUGGACUGGUUGGCGAGGAGGGAACGACGCCGGUGGUGGUGCACGUUGCGAGUCGCGUUGGGCUGCCGGUCGAGGAGAUCACCUUCGCUAGAGCUCUUGCCGCUGCGAAUUACACCACGGCUGCUGUCGGCAAAUGGCACCUUGGGAUGCGGUGCGGCCUCGGGGGCCUCGGGUGCCGCGGGCCUCAGGAGCACGGCUUCCAGUCCUUCUUCGGUCUGCCGUUCACGCUCGCGGUGGAGCUGGAAGGUUCCCACGACUUCUGGAGUUUCUCGCCUGAGGUUCGGUUUAACAAGAUUAUAGCAAGACUAUGUAUAGUGGGUGUCCUAACCAUUCUCGUGUGGGGCUGGCUGACGCAUUGCACUCAAGAGACGCAGAAUAUCCUCUUCGUUCUGCUGGCCCUUGCACUUAUCAUCCCGUGGUUCGUGCACACGCACUACCGUUUCCACACGGAGAAAUGGUGGCAGGUUUCGCCGUGGAUGGACCAGCACCUGAACGGCAUUCUGAUGAGGAACACGAAGGUGGUCGAGCAGCCGCUGGUCUUGGAAGGCCUCUCUCAGCGGCUGGUGGACUACUCGCUCGACUUCAUCACCGAGCACGCCCACGACGAGAACCCGUUCCUCCUGUUCCACUCCUUCGCCCACGUGCACACGCCCAUGUUCACGGCCCCGCACAUGGCAGGCAAGAGCCAACAUGGCAGAUACGGAGACAACGUCGAGGAAAUGGACGCCGGCGUGGGGGCCAUCCUGGACGCCCUCAGGCAGCACGAGAUCGACGACAACACCAUCGUGUACUUCCUGUCAGAUCACGGAGGCCAUCUCGAGGCCAUAGAUAAUGGCCAGCGUACGGGCGGGCACAAUGGCCUGUUCAAAGGAGGAAAAGGCAUGGGCGGUGCGGAGGGCGGCAUCCGCGUGCCCGGGAUUUUCAGGUGGAAAGGGCAUAUACCAGCUGGGAAGACCAUAGACACACCAACUUCGCUGCUAGACACACUCCCAACGCUGCUGGAGUUGACAGACUUGCCUUCACUCAACAACCUCUUCCCCGAAUUACCUGAACGGGAUUUGGACGGAGUGAGUCUCGCAGGACUCCUCACAGAAGGGACAGCCUUGAGACCUCGAUCCUUGAUUCACCAUUGUCGCCAAGCCAUUCAUGCGCUGAGACUUGUAGUAGAGGCCCGCGUGUACAAAAUGCAUCUGGCAAAGCACAAGUGGUCCUCGGGCAGCACCCAGUGCGGUUGGGGAAGCAACAACUUCUGUUCCUGCUUCGGUGACGGGGUGGAAGACCUUACCUUGGACCCGGAAGUCUAUGACCUGACCAAUGACCCCUAUGAAGAUAAACCCCUUUCUAGUGAAUCCUCAGAGUACUGGCACGUGGUAGGAGCCCUGAGGCAGUUCCUGGCAGAGUGGAAGGCUCGUGUACCGUACCCGCCCUCCCAAUUCAAGAACAAGAUGAACACUGUGUUGUCUCCGUGGCUACAGCCCUUCCGUAUCCCGUUCUUCUAGCGUCCAUCGCACGAUCUACUAUUUUACAUGCAUUCCAUCGGAGCGAACAAUACAGAGACAGUAGUCGUAAUUUCCAGUGCUUGUGGUGUGGAGGGUAGAAUUUGAUACAUGGAUGAAAUUGUUAAUACAUUUUGUAUUUAGUUUUA